AUGUCCUUUCGGAACAUAAAGUCCCGCUUAAAGACUUCGAUAGAGAAUACAGUCUUCAUAUCCUGUUACAUUUUCUUCAAGCUUCUUGGACUGCUCCCAGAAAGCCUUCGGAACUCCGAAUCUCGGUUCGCUCCCCCGAAUGUUUGUGUGUCCUCACCGGAAGGGCUAAUUUACAACUUUGGAUUAAUCCUAACAUUCCCCGUCCUGAGUUACUACUCCAUACGCGCGAUGCGCGAUUCUGAUUAUCCGAAUAAAUCAUCAACAACUGAAGCAUUUGAGUUCUUCAAAGCAGUGUUUGGAUCGAUUAUUGUAGUGAUAUUAUGGGCCCUGAUUACUCAGAAGCAGAGGAAAACGGUGACGCUUGCGAAUCAAGUCAUGAAUAUUGAUCAUCUUCUGAUGAAGGACAAGAACAUCGCUGCUCCUGAGACCUGUCUCUUACCGUGUGCUUCGAUCUGUGCCUUCAACAUGUUCUGUUGGGUCACUUUAAUCUGGACCGAAAUAGUGGGUUUCGAUAAAAUCCAGCUGAUUAUCCUCGUCACGGAGGUAGGCCCGAACUUCAUCUUCAAUUGGUUCUUCAUUCUGCACACUUUCGUCAUCAUGUUGUUGGAGACCAGAGUCCGAGCGGUAAAUCAGGGAAUGUUGCGCUUGUCCAAGGACCUGCGAUCGUCAAUCCCUCGGACAACAGCUGGCGAGGAUAAAAUCAAGAGUCUGAUUACCCUCAAAUAUGCUCACGAAUGUCUCCAUGAAGUCAUCAAUGAAGUAGCGACUCUUCUCUCCGUUCCCGUCUUCCUCAUCAUCGCGGAGCUCGCUCCCUCGAUUAUUUAUGACGCAUACUACAUGGUGAUACCUUUCUUGGUACCUUCUUUUGAGUUUUCGUGGGUGCUGAUUGCGAAUUCUUUGUGCUACCUGUCUUCGCAGAUGUUUCCAAUCGUAACUAUGGUGGUCAGCAUGGAUCGAAUCACCAAUGAGAUGGAGAGAACUGCUCCUAUAGUUCAUAAUUUGUACACAAGGGCUGCUCUAGGGCGGAUAGUCAAAUCUGAAUUCAAGCUGUUGUCAUUGAAACUCCUGCAUUCGAAAAUUAGGUUCACGGCGUGUGAUGUAUUUUCUCUGGAUCGCACCCUCAUAAGUUCCAUAUUUAGUAUGGCGGUGACAUACUUGGUGAUCAUCAUUCAGUUUCAAGUUUUAUAA